AUGGAUCAUCAAUUCAAGGUGCCAAAGGUGCCGAAGAUUUCGAAGGUUCCGAACAUUAUUCCGGUAUGGCGCCCGAGUAAGAAGAUAGAGAGAGAAAGGAGUAAACAAGGAGACAAGAAGCACGAGAAAAAACUGAUCUUUGGCAGUCCCAUCUACGCACCUAUCGAAAUACGAUGGCUGCAUUCUAACCUCAGUCUCAUCGACGAGCUGAUCGAGACGAUCCAGGACGAAGACUUCAGGAAGAUUCGUUACGCGGCAGAUCUUAAUAUCAUCGCCGCUUAUCGUCAGUACAAUUUCAAGGCAUCGACAGAUGCAGACAUCAAGCCACUCAAUCAGAGGAAUGAGUAUGCUGACCACAAGUUUGUUAAAAUAUUGGGCGGAUAUCUUGUUUCGCUGUUCUCUGAGCUGCCCAAAGGAACAUUAAGUGAGUUCACCAAGAUAAGCUACAAAAAAAAAUUUGGUCGAGUCCCAACGUACGAAGAACUCUCAGACAAGGCGGUGAUGAACCUGGUAAACUCGUUGCGAAGAAUGCUUGCGGAAUACGAGAUGCAUGCCUCAAAUUUAGACCCAUGCAUGCGCGACGAAGAGGGCAUGGCGUGCAAAGAGCUCAAGGAAAUGGAAUUGUUGAGAAUGAUGAUGCGCAUCAUUCUCGAUGCAUUUGAAUCGAUCUACCAGCGAAUUCAAGUUAUUCAGUUCAAAAUGAAUAAAGAAUGGUCACAGGCUAUUGACGAGCAAAAUCGUCGAAAAACUAACUACUUGAUCGCGAACAAGACGAUUGAGGAUAUCAGAGAUUCGUUGCCGAGCACCAAGAUCUUCAACGAUUACAAUCACAUGUACAAUCUGAUGCCGAGAGUUCAUCUUAUUCGAGCAUACUGGAUCCUGCAAGAUUACACAGAUGUCAUCUUGCACACACAGUAUAUGGCGGCCAUGGAGUGGGAAACUUUCUACUGGAAAGGCGACAAAAAGUUUCAUGAUGAAUGCUUUGCGUACAACAUUGAAUCGUUGAUGAACAUGCAGCUCGAGGCGUACAGACUUCUCGACGACGACAACGGCAAAGUGAUCGAAAACCAUCUCUACAAUCGCGAGCCAACCGCUCAAAAAAUUGACGAACAGAUGAAUCCACCUUGGGGAGACGCAGCCUUCAACGCGCCUGAUCGAGUUCUCGAGCUUGGGGACUGGUCUCAGUUGGAGAAGGCAACGGACACGGCGCUCAAGACCUUCCCGAUCAGUUUGGUCGAUUUCGGAAAUGAAAAAGACUUCCAGGCGAUCACAUACAAGCUCCUAGAGGCUCAGACAGACGCUAUUCGAAAGGAAAACAUUGAGAUCUUCGAGCGGGAGAUCAAAAAAAGAGGCCACGAAUGGUUCCACGAUAGAGUGACCAACAGGGACGAGUACAAAACGACCCUACCGGCACUUUUUCUGAACGAUCAGCAUGACAUGUUGAACCUUCUGAAAUACAUUGAUGACAAGGAAGAGGAAAGCAAUCCCUUCAAAUUAACUGACAUGUACACGAAGAUGGACGAGCGACGCCGCCUCUGGGACGAUCUUCCUGAACAGUGGCAUCUCCUCAGGACCGAACUCCGGAGUCUCGUCAGUUUGCGGAACGGCCUGAUAAAGCUUCCUCUUGGAGCAAAGACAGGCAAAAAGUUCAAAUUCAGACUCGACACGAUUUGCGCCAAUGUUUUGAUGGAGAAAGCAAAGAUGCUUCGAAUGAUGAAGGAUGACGAAGGUUGUGAUUCUUGCAUCGAUUUGGCGACAGAUAUUCUCGAAGAAGUUCACAACAUGAAGAAUAAGCACUUGAAAAGGCGGCUCAACUUGCUGAACAUACUCACACUCGAGAAUCAUCAGCUCAUCAUUUCGCUAUUGGAGAAAUACAACAUUGAGAGAUCGCACAUGUACGAAUUGUACAGCGAGUUAGUCGAUGAUCGUGAGCCGUACCGAUUGCUGAUCGGUUCGCCCGAAGGAACCAGGUGGUUUCGAGCAAGUGCUGCGAGCAAGAUCGCCUUUUUGCUUGGAAAUAUUGCGCUGAAAGACAACUCAGAGUUGUUCAAUGACAAAGGAUUGUUCUUUGGCCUGGAGAAUACACAGCUCAGUCUGGACUACAAGACAACUGAAGAGGCCAGAGGCUGGUUCAAAAGAGCGUGUAAGACUGCGGAGCUCUGCCGACCUGGAGAUAAUUUUCAAAAGAGAAAGUGCUACUAUGCGAUGGCCGAGCUGAACGAUGAGUUUUUUCGACAGCACUCGACGUUUUUCUUCCAGAAAAACACCGCAGAGCAGACGCAAGCUGAUCUGGAUGCAUCUGUCCUAUCCCCACCGGGAUCAGUCACCCAAGGAAGUCAGCUUACUGCUCGCAGUGAGAAUAGAGAACUGGUCGAUUGCGCUCUCAACGCGAUUGAGAAGUACGGUCAAGCAAUUGUUGCUGGCCACCGUUUGGACAGAAUGUGUCUCUUCAAAAUCAUUGAGUUGGUCUUCCAUGUUGCCGAUGCCCUUGGCGAGCCUGGAGUCAUGCAGCAAUCUGUUCACGAUAAGAGCAGGAUGAUUUUCGCUCGUUUUGAAAAGACGAUGAACAUAAUUCCUCCAGAGCAGAUUCUGACGAUCAUCACUCAGAUUCUUGGUCGAUUGAGCCACCGAUGCAAAGACUUUGUCACUGUGUGCUUCAAGAUCACCCUGAAGAUGACGAAGGUUUUCCCUUAUCAAAUGACCUGGUACUUCCUGAACUUCUCGCAACACGCGAAGGAAUACGAAGACAUCCGAAAGAAAGAUGAGAGAGAGCUUUACAGAGAGUAUCAAAAUAACAUUGAUUUGUGGGAAAGAAAGGGAAAAAGAGGAAUGAAACCAGUCCAGACUGCAUGGAGCGAAAUGGAAUCGAAAAAUUUGCGAUCAGCUGUCGUUCGUGGAAGGAAAAUCUACAUGACACUAGUAAAGAGAUUAAUAUCCGUUGAUGAAGAGUACAAGCGAAUCUUCAGGCAUUACUCUGCCGCGUGGACCCUGAUCAACGAGAUCAUCGACCAUAACUUUAGAGAGACACCGUCUGGCAAGCCAAGUCUCCGUUCAAUGAAAGAUAAAGUGAACCUCGCAUCCGCUUCUGUGAAACUGCUCGAGAAAAAGUUGCCUGAUGACUUCAAGGUUCUCAUCCCGACAAAGGAGUUUAUGCGACCAAAGCAGCGUAACACGCGGCUUCUAGCAGACUUUGAUGUAAAUUUCUCGCCGUUUCAAACCACGAGCUCAUCUCGAUCAAAGCAAGGGAAGAAACAACCGGAAGAGGAUAUCGAGCAGACUGGCGAAGAGUUCUGCGAGAUGCACAAUCUCGACCAUGGAGCUGACGACGACGAAGAAUACGAAGAAAAUCCCGAUGAUCCAGAACUUGCUACUGUUAUAGACUUCGAUGAUUAUGGAGAGUUCCCAGUGUCUCCAGGGGAGCAUCAUGAACCAGAGGAAGACAUGGACAACGAUCCGGAUACCUAUGACCCGCCCAUCGAUACUGAGAAAGACACCUGGAAGAAACCAUGGCAUCCCAACCUGGUUUUCAUCACUUCUUUUAUGGACGAAAUACUCCAGUUGUCUUCCCAGCAAAAACCAAAGCGACUCGUCUUACUGGGCACAGAUGGUAGGGAGCACAGCUUCUUGUUGAAGAAAGGCGACGAUCUUAACUUGGAUUCGAGAAUCGGAGAGACUUUCGAGCUAUUCGACUAUCUUCUCCGACACGAUGAAGAGUCCCGUGAUGCAGAUAUGUCGAUUCGAUCGUACAACGUAUUGCCGAUUGGGCACAAACGCGGAAUCAUUGAAUGGGUGGACGAUCUAUGGGCCUUCAAAAAGUGCUUGCAAGCUUAUUAUGAGCGCCGGGGCUACACAACAUCCCAACUUUUUUGGUCACCACCUGAGUUUUCCGGCGAUGGCGCUGAUCGAAUGAAGUCCUUCGAAGAAAUCAAGAAGAAAGCUGGACCACCAGUUUUCCACGAAUGGUUCCUCGAAAGCUUCCCGACUGCUGGCGAAUGGUACCAAGCCAGGGAGACGUAUCAACGAUCACUGGCAGUUACCUCAAUCAUUGGCUCAAUUAUCGGCUUAGGAGAUCGCCACUGCGACAACCUUCAAAUCUGCCAGCGAACAGGAGAAGUCGUCCAUAUCGACUUGAACAUGAUCUUCUUGAAGGGAAGAAAUCUCAAGGUGCCUGAGAUCGUGCCUUUCCGAAUGACAAGGAACAUAGUCGACGGUCUCGGUCCUGUUGGCGUUCAAGGUCUUUUCCGCAAAACGGCUUUACUUACCAUCCGGAUCGCGAAAGACAAGGGAAAGCUGUUGCGAACAGUAUUCUCGCUUGUUCUCCGAGAUCCAACCUGCAAGUGGGAAAAGAUCAGAAGCAAGAAGAAUGUGCUCAUAACCAGCAGCGGAAAGGACAGGUCACAAGAGUCGCCAAUCGUUCUCAUGAAAGAGAAGAACAUGAUGAGAGAGGAUCGACAAGCCGCUGAAGACCUGACUGAUCUUCUCAAAAGAGUCUAUUGCUACGAUCCAGAGACAAAGAAGAUCCUGCCUCCCAGCGACUACCUCGAUUUGCUUGUCCAAACUGCCAGCGCGGACGAAAACCUCUACAAAAUGUAUCGAGUUAACCCAGACCCCUCAAAAUCUAACCCAACUCCCCUCCCUUUCAACAAGUUCAACACCUAA